GGGGGAGACAGCAAGAAGUGUGUGUAGGUGAGGGUGCUGAAGGUCGGUAUAUAAAAGCAGCAGCCAGGGUAGCUGAGGGCUCACUCGGAGGUGAUCGUCUGCACAGACAUGAGGAUUUUUGUAUUAUUCGUGGGCUUGGCGUGCUGUGCCCUGAUUGCGAGUGCACAAGGUCAAGAAGCUGAUUAUUAUGAUUACUAUGAAGAUGUGCCUCUAGAUGAAGCCGCUGCAGCUGGUGCAAAGGAAGAUGCUGCACAUGAAGUGGUUGGUGAGGAGCCUCUACCAGAAGAACUUACACCAACUGAAGCACCUGUGGAAAAGUCCACACCCUCUGUUCCAGAUGGCCCAAAACCAAGAAGGAAAUUGGUAAGCCUUCGUAAGACUCCAAGGAUUGGUGCAUCCAGACGGUUACCAUCACAUACAGACACUGUUAGCCCAGCUGAUGCUCCUGCCACCUCUUCGACCACACCUAGUACACGCUCACGUUCAUCUCCAAGUAGUAGUAGCAGCAGCAGCAGCACAUCUCGUUUACGUCGUCCAACAUCAAGGGUCAGUGGAUCCUCACAAAGUGAAGCUACUGAUGCUACUGCUGAUGCUGCUCCUCAGGAAGAGUCAUCCUCAUCUAGGACCAGAUCUUCUGCACGUGCAGGUUUCCGCCCAUCUUCACGGUCUCCGUCAAGUUCAUCAUCGAGCAGUUCUGAUAAAUCUUCAUCAUCAUCAUCAUCAUCAUCAUCUCGUCGUACGUUCAGCCGUACCCCUACAACCGAAGAUCCUAAUAAAGGUGGAUCUUCCCAUCGAUUUAACCGUCAGAAUUCUAGAACUGGCUCAUCCUUCAGACCAAGUUCAUCCAAGUCUUCACAAGCCAAUGAUGAAACUCAAGAUGAUACCACCACCUCAUCCAGCAGGCAUACAAGUAGAGGUCAGUCACGCAGAAAGUUUCGAAUCCCUCCUAAAUCGCAACAAGGUCCUCGUGUUCUCCGCCCAACUUUUGGCAGACCCAGAGCUACUUCACCUCCCACAACCACCACCAUGACACCUGCACCCCAGAUAAUUGAGACCACGAGCAUGGAACCAACCACAGCAGUAAUAAGUAAAUUCACAACCCUGGAAAUAUCCCCAGAACCAGAAAUUCCUGAUACCAUGGUUAUGGAACCAGAACCAGAACUUGAAAUCAUCGAGGCAACAGUGCCUGAAAUCCCUGAGGUUGUGGCACUGGAACCAGCACCAGCACCUCAAAUCCCUGAGGUCAUAACCUUGGAAUCAGCACCACAAGUUAUUGAAGCCAUAACCAUGGAACCAGCAACAUCAGCACCAUUGAAAGUCAAUGAGAUCACAACCCUAGAACCACCACCAGCACCACAAGUCAUUGAGAUCAUAACCAUGGAAUCACCACGAGCACCACAACUAUCAGCACGACAGCCACAAGCACCACAACUACCAGCACCACAACUACCAGCACCCCAACAACCAGCACCCCAACUACCAGUACCACAACCACCAGCACCACAACCACCAGCACCACAGGUCAUUGAGGUCAUAACCAUGGAACCAACAUUAGCACCACAACCACCAGCACCACAGGUCAUUGAGGUCAUAACCAUGGAACCAGCAUUUGCACCACAACCACUACCACCACAAGUCAUUGAGGUAAAAGCUAUAGACCCAACCCCAGUUCCACACGCCAGUGAAGUCAUGACGAUGGAACCUGCACCAGCACCACAGGUCAUUGAGGCUAUAACCGUGGAACCAGAAUCAGAAGUUAGUGAAGCCAUGACCACAGAACCUGCAACAGCACCACCUACAACCCCAGAACCCGAGGUUACAACCACAACUCCAGUACCAGUACGUCGUCCUAAGCCAAUCCGCAUUCUUCCUCCUAUUGACUUAUCACGAAGAAUCUCCAGAUACAGAACACCAAAACCUUCUGCUUACCCUACCAUAGCAACAACUCCAGCAUCCAGCAACAUAUUUUCCCCACCACUCUCUACCUCUGUAAGGGCAGGGUCCCGUGUCAGAAUAUCCUCCAGUCAUGAAACUAGUCGUAACGAAGUAACACAAGAUAGUGCACCCAUAGUCUCUAUUCCUUUCAAAGCAGAGGUUGCAACCAGCAAGUACCCUCGACAUAAUUAUGGGGCAGCGGAUAUACGUUAUGCUGGUGGAGCUGUUGUGAUCACAGAGAUUGGCACCAUUGAAGAUACUCCUCUUGAUGAGGUUCAAAGGAUCUUAAGUGGGUUUGGUAGUCGACGACGCGGGUUGGGCCGUCCACAAGAAAAGCGAACAGUCCAAAAACCUCCACCUCCUGAGCCAGUUUCUGAAGCAAAGGCUCCUCCAGAGUCAACCUCAUAUGAUUAUACUGAUUAUUAUUAUGAUGAUCUUUACUAAAAUAAUUUUUAAUAUUAAUUUUUAGUGAUAAUACACUAAUUCCAGUGAAAUCUAAAUUUUAUUAAUAUAAAUUGGAGAACAUGUUUUAUAUUGGAAUCAUAAUGCUGAAAUGAAAUACAGUAACUUACUAAAAGUAAAUGCUAAUUUAUUCAUAUUAGUCAGUCAUAGGUAAGCCCAUCAAAUUGUAUAAGGAUGAUUUCUAACGUCCAAGUAUUAGCUGUACCAAUUGAGGCUGACAUUAUGAAUUAUAAUUAGGAUGUAUCAGAAAAUACUUUUAACAAUAAUGCAAUUCAUUGUACAACCAUACACUAUUAUGUACAUACAUAAUAAGUAUUGUAUGUUUGUACAGUACACACUCAUCCAGUGUUGUGGUAUGCACUGCCACAAGUUGAGAGCAUGUGGCAUUUUUGUAUUUUUCUCAUUUGUUUUUAACCAAAUUUAUGUAUUAUUUGCAUCCAUGCCAUUCAGGCAUGUAUAAUGUCUUCAUAUUUAUUUGCUAUAAGUCAGUUAAGUGCAUCAAUAGUUUCUCCAGAACUGCAUCUCUGAUUAUAUAAUGAAAAUCUAUGGGAUUAUGUGUUCUGAUAUACAACAUUUCAAUAUACAUCAGCUUACUGUGGAAUGAGUCUGUCAUUAAGUGAGGCUUACAUGUGCAUUACUGUGCUUAGAAUUUAGAACUGCAGCUUGGCACUAAACACUGCUGGCAGGGCAGGUACAUACUGUAAUACUGUACAUAAAGCAAUGUCAGUGAUGUACAGAAUGAUAAGCAGUCAAUUAUCACAGAACACUGUAAGAUAUACUUAACGAUAAUCAUCAACUUUUUGCUAAUCUUUUUCUUCAUUGUUUAAAAAGUUGUGAUAUACUGUAUGUAUAGUCAUACUAAAAUGAAGCAAACCACAAUAUACAUUUACAAAUUGUAAAUGAAAACAAGAAAACAUUUUGGGAUAUGCUGUUCAUUAUAUGCUGGUGGAUGAUGUGUAUAUUUUCACUCACUUGAUGACAAUGAUAGCAGGGUUAAACACAUACAUGGAGAGUAUAAACAUGGAGUGUAUUAUAUUGUAAAUUUUCCCAGGAAUAAUGUAAGCUUAAUAGGCUAUUACUCUGUAUGUAAAUUUAAACUCAAAGCCUUUUAAUCACUUCCAACAAUAUUCAAGUGCUGUUGCACCAAGGAAAAUAAUUGAUUUAAAUUUACAUAUGCUGGAAGUUUAAGAAAUUAUACACUGCAGGCAUUUAAUGUUUAUAAUAUGGCUUAUAGUCCAUGACUGCUUCUGUUGUAGCUUAUGCUGCUUACCCGUUUAAAACAUUCAGCACAAGCCACUGAGAAUAUGUCUGGUUUCCACUAGUCCUGGUGUAAGUAAAUGGGCAUUGAUAGUACUAAAUGUUAUAUAGUAGAAUCAUAAGUUGUUUGAGUAAGGGCACAUAUGAAAAUAUGAACCCCCUUAUAUUAUUAAGUAAACACGUCAUAGGUUAGCAUAUUUAUAAUGGUUUUCACUGCAUACAUAUUAAAAUGUUUCAGAAGUUUCUUAGGGAUGUAUCUCACCAUUAUAGCAGGGAGGAUUUUAGUAUUCUAGACCCUUGAUAGUGAUAGGUCAGGUGUUUCCUUGUUUUACUGUUGAUGUGACCACUCUAAGCAAUGUCCACAGGGAUCUGUAAGUGCCUCAAGCAUCUAAAACUAGGCUGUUUCUUUAUACUCUUAGUAUAAAUGUAUAAUUUGCAGGUCUAAAUAAAAGUAGUUCCUUUAAUGUUUAAGUAUAAAGUCUAUUCACAAUUUUCAAACAAAACUAUGUACUGCUUAACAGCACUUUUAUUUCCAAUCAAAUUAAACUACUGUACUGUACAAGUUUAGCUCAUGUUUCACUGUUUGCUAAGGUGGCUUUCUCCUAGUUUGUGUGUGCCAGAAAACUAGAUUUAUUUUUCCAUGAAAGAAUGGUACCCAUUUAAGUGGAAAAGAAAAUGCUCAAUUUGGUUCAAUAAACCAAUCUUUGGUAUGGUGCUAUAUUAAGUGGCAUAAUUAAUGUUAGCGAAUAUUAAAGGAAAAAACAAGAUAUACCAGCAAUGAAGUGUGGUAUGUGUAUUAAAGGGUACAGAAUGUAAUGUUUUCUCAGAAUAUCAAAUGGCAAACAGGAGGAUAAUGGUAUUUUUGACAAAAGUAGAUGUUUGGCAGAGCAUAUGAUGACAGUAGGGAACUGCUGACUUGGAUUAUGAAUACAAGGCACCAAGAUAAACAUGGGACGUAGAAAUGGUCACAAUUCUUAAGAGUUUCAGAAGAUAUAGUAAUCCAUAGUAAAGAAAAAAAAUCCUACAGAGAUAAAGAUUACUGUAUAUACCCACCGUAGUAUAUACAGUACCACACAUAAUAGUAAUGUAUUACUGUACCACCCAUAACAGUAAUGUAUUACUGUAUUUAGAUACUGUACUUAUUGGUCUAAUUUCAAUGUGCAAUAUUUCAGUACUAACUCAAUUACUAUUGUGUGUGUGUGUGUAUUAUGAUAGCCUUACUUUCCUAACACUUUCACUGUCACAACCCCAGAAAUAAAAAUGCUGACUGUGUCAGUGUCAUAGUAGAGAAUCUAUUUCUGAAGGUAAUGACAUAAAAAAUGUGAAAUUUGAUGAAAACUUUGGGAAUUAUGCAGGCUCAAAUUUGACAGUCUGGGUGCAAUUUAUUGGAGAUUUUGGCCACUGAGACCUAUCUUAAACCUAUUCCAGUGUUCAAUUCAACCCAGCCUAGCUAUGUCUCCAGUCUUUCCUUCCAUCAAAUGGGUGCAAGAAAUUGCCCAUUCAUCCAUCAGAACUACCCUAUAAAGUGCAUAGAAUUUGGUAAAUUGAGCCAGUUUUAGAUAAAAUUCAACAAAUUUCAAUAUAAAAAGAGUACAAAAUAAGCAUAGGUAUUCCAGUCACUAGAGUUACCUUUCCUCUGUUCAUUAAUCAUGUCUCCAAGCCUUUCUUAUUGAAUUCAUCAGAAAAAAUUGAAGUUUUACCCUAUUUCAUGGAUAAGAAAAUAUAACCAAGAAUAAUUUGUCAUGGUUUAGGUUUUUCCAGUAAGGGAAGCUGACCUAGUAAAAAUCCAUACAACAGACAGGAGGAAGAGGGCAAGGGGGCCCCUAGGGCCUUACCCUUACAUGGAGUAUACCUGGAGAGGGUUUCAGUUAUCAACGCCAUCCCUACAGCCCAGUCUGAGACCAGGCCUCAUGGUGGCUCAGGAUCUGAUCAACCGGGCUGUUCAGGAAAAUUGACAAAAAUCAAAUAUUUCCACUACUUUGAGGCUUAUUUCAAGCUGCUUUUUUUUUUUUUAAACCAACAAAAUCAUUUCUCACUAUGACCCUUGCAGGUUUAAAGCUUAUUUUUUUAUUAAAAUAAUAAUAAUACUAAUAAUCUAUUUCAAUAUUAUGUCUUCCAUUAUAUCAACUGAUGCCAAGGAACAGCCAAUAAAACCAUAGAAAUUGCUCUAGAAAACACCUCAGAGUAGCUCUUUUAACUCUUCCAGGGUUGGUCCCGUUGUAUCAUGGCUUUGAAGCCAGUGAUGAUCCCAUAGUAUAACACCAUAAGCUCAGCUCACUCAGAUCAGCUGUGACUGGUAAAUAUGGGCCUAGAUAUGAGAGAAUGGAUUGACGUGGUAAGUGUGCACCACAUAAAAACAGUCCUGCACCACGCAGUGCAUAAUGAAAAAAACUGUGUGCUUUUGGUUUAAAAUAGCGGCUUUGCAAUGUAUUUUCAUAUAGUUUUUAUGGUUUUAUUCUUGGUUUCUUAGUCUCAUUUGAUAGAAUAGAAGAUAUAUUACAGAAAUAGAGAUGAUUUUGAUUGGUUUCAGGAUCAAAAGUAACUUGAAAUUGAGAUCAAAGUAGUGGAAAUGUUCGAUUUUUGCAAAUAACAUCACUUGUCCAAUGUGUCCAACUGGCACAUUUAACCCGUAAACGGUUCAAACGUAUAUGUUUUUUCAACAUUUGAAAGCAUGUAAAAAAAGUAGAUCUUCUUUUUGUUUUUUUAUAUUUGAAAAUGUGUAAAAAAAACUUUGAUCUACUUUUUUUUUCGUUAUACGUGUAUUUGAAAAUAUGUAAAAAAAAGUAGAUAUACUUUUGCAGCGCUACACAUGUGAACGUAGAUCUGCUUGGACCAUUUAUGGGUUAAUGUCCAUAUAGGAAUGCAUUGACAUUAUUUAUACAAUUAUUACAAUAAUGCAGUAGUCUGCAUUACAGUAAAUCUUUUAUUUCUUGUGUAAAUAACAAUUCAAAAUGGAAAGAGUAAUAUAAGAGGAGACUGGGGCCUGGAGAUGUGACUAAUGAAGAGAGAAAAUGCUAUUUUAGUGCCAGGAAUGUCUGCAUUAUUUAUUCUGGACACUAUUUUGAAAUUGGCAUUACUUGAAUUUUGUGCUAAAUUGGCCAAAUUACCAAUUUCUGAUCACUUUAUUGGGUAGUUUAAAUAGCUAAAUGGGCAGUUUCUUGUACUUGAUA